AUGGAUUCAUUCAUGGAGCAACCCCAAACAAGCGGACACGCCACGCCAGCACCACACAUCCCCACAAGCCAGGACAACUCGUUGAGUGACUGGAAUUCACUGGAAGUGAAUGAUAGUCAAAUCGAUAGGAUAUUGACUUUUAUGGGGGAUUUGUUGGAUAGCCAAAUUAGGCAUCUCUCACGCUCGAAGCGAGAUCAGAUAAUGAUUUCGAUGCGCGAGAGGUUGCAAGUUGACCUCGAAGGGAACUUGGGCCAUAAAGGUAACUCGCACUCCACUCUUUGUGAAAAAUUCCAAAUGAGUGUUGAGGAAUUGCUUGAGUAUAUACCUAUGGCCAGUUCCCAUAGCCAGAUGGUAGUGAGGUUAGGGGCUAGGCUCGGGUGUGAUUUUGAUGACGUAGAGUUAGUGAUCGAAGGCAAAUUAAAGAUUGUCACAGAGUUAGAGAAUAGGCUAGAGGUCCUGCGCUCUGAAGUAAAGCUGGAAGCUUUAAGAAGCGCAAAGAGGGAAGAAGCCUUAUUGGCACGGAUAAAAAGGCAUCAGGAUCUAGGAGAUUCCUUGCCUCCUGGACCCUCUCAGGCAGAGCCUAUGUUUAUGGAGACUCCGACGGGACCCGAUGUACGUCGUAGAGAUGAGAGUUGGCGUGCUGUGCGUGAACAGUACAGGUCACUCAAAAAGCUAAGCGUUGAGGAUAACCUCCGCGAUGCACCCCGAUGUCACGCAAAGGGCGCUGAAUGGCGUGAAUGUCGACAGCGAAUGUCGCGCUGUUCGUCAAAUACCUCUUUGAGAAGUUCUCCGCCAACGUCGACGAUCGGCACAGAGUGUUGCCAGUGUACCCAAUUACACAGGGAAAAAUUCCCUCGCGACUUCCUACGAGCUCUGGAAGUGAAAUUCCCGCCAACGGUGUGGCAGGAUGCCGAUCGUAGAGAUAUCUUGAUCAAUCAUUUGGAAGGCACAGCCAAGGCGGUUUAUAGAAGUUUACCGCGAAGUGUGCGGGAAGGUAGCUUCAAGGAUUUAGUGGGAGCACUUGAGCUGGCACGCAAGAAUCCCUGCGAUCGCUUGAAGAAUAUCAGAGAAUGGGACACGCUUUCGAAAAGAAGUGAUGAGAGUGUGGUAGAGUUCUGCUGCCGUAUGGAAGACCUCUCUAGGAGAAUACAUCCUAGCUGCGAAUGGGACUUCAUACGCGGGUCCAAGCUGUAUUCAUGCUUGGAAAGCUGGCAGGAUUCGUACCAUAUGCUUGCUGCGUUAGACGCACCGGAAGGAAAGGUGUAUGAGGCAGUCAAGAAGGUUGCCAGGAGGCUAGAAAAGCUUCAAGAAGAUGUGGCAACGCACACGAACGACUUUCAUGAUCGUACCAGCAAGUUGAGUGACUAUCACAAGAAGGCCAGAUAUGAGGGGGGCAGACCCUCAACCCGCAAUAAGUGCUUCGAAAGUACAGAUAAAGGCGCAGUGAGAUGUUUCUCGUGUGGUGAGGUUGGCCACAUAGCCUCAAAAUGUGGUAGAACCAUGAGUGGAACGGUGGACCGUUUCCAACAAGAGAGCGGAAGCGGUGAAAGGUCUGAUCAGCGUGGCAGCAAUGCCGUAGGAGGGAUAACCCCCGCUGAUGAUAUUGAGGGAUGUAGAAGAAGUACAAAUGGGUCGUUAGAGCGUUUCCAACAAGGGAACGAGAGAGGUGGAGAAGGUCAGCCUGGCGGAAAUGCCGUAGGAGGGAUCACCCUCGCUGAUGAUGUUGAUGGAUGGUGUAUGACCGUUCGACUCACCCCUCCUAGUUUAGACCCACCUGCGGAAGCCAUGGGAGAACUAUGUAUUUGCAGCGCAAAUGCUCGCAAAAGAUCAAGAUUACGAUGCAAGCCAGGAUGUCAUCGUAACGAAACAAGGACCGUGAAUGUUCGAACAAAUGCAGUUUGGAAGGACAAUGUUUCAAUGUUCGACCAGUCACCACAAGGAUCAUCCUGCAACUAG